GAAGACCCGCCCUCCCAGGUUCCCCUUGAGCCUGUAGGGAUCAGAUCUGUUUUUUGUUGUUGUUGUUUUUUACAGAAAAGUUGUUUUGAUUUAGUUUAGUUCAUUUAUUGUGUUGUAGUUUUUGUAUUUCGUUACAUUUUUGGGGAAUCCUGUUUCAAUCCCGCACAGUAGGUGGCAGAAUGCACAUUCAAUUGUGCGAUUGCCAAUCUUCCAUAAAAGAAGAAGAAUCCUACCCUGAUACCCAAGAAGAAGCUGCUGAUUUUAGUGUUACGUCAGAGGGUUUGUUUUGAUCUGUGGCGCUGGCAAAGUGAAGAGGGUGAUGACAUCUUCGUGCUCUAAAUUAAAUAACUGUUGAAGUGAGAAUUGAAAUGCAUCAAAAGAGCUCAACUUGGCGAACCAGGUCUGAUUGGGACGUGAAUGAAUGAAUGAAACUAGCACGAUUGAAGAUAGCUAGCUAAUGUAAUGAUUAACUAAACUAGCCCGAGAGGACGCUAGCUAGCUGGAGAGCUACCGUUCACGUUAGUUAGCUGACAGCACUUGAUGUCGUAGCUAGAUCAUCAGCGAACAUCGGAAUUGAAAAUGCUUGACAGAUAUUGACAUGAUCAAUAUAAUGGACUACACUCCAUCUUGUAAUCCAAGGAUGUGACUGGGGAUGGGAGAAAUAACCAUGGAAACGCCUGAGUUACCUCUUGAGAUCGUCACCUACAUCCUAAGUUUCCUCAAAGCAUCAGACAGGAAGGAAGCCUCUCUGGUGUGCUGGAGCUGGUAUGAUGCAAGCCAAGACCUCCAAUUUCAGAGGAAUGACACCUUCAAGUUCCCAGCCUCUAUCUCCUCCCUGGAUCUGAUCCGGGGCCUGAGUAGGCGUUCCCGCUGCAGCCUGGUCAUAAGCCAUCUGGAUGGGUCCAGUAUGUCCCGGGCUGUGCUUCAGGAGAUAGGGCUCCAUCUAGGCCCUCGGCUGGAGAGCCUGGCCCUGCCAGGAAGCAGUGUGACCGAGUCUUCCCUCCUGGCCCUGCUGCCCCACCUGACCGCCCUGCGCAGGCUUGACCUCCGUGGCCUGGACAGCCUCUUCAUGUCUGGAGCCUUCCUGUCCAAAGAAGAGCACCGCCAGCAGGUGGGGGUAGCUUUAGCAGGUCUUGAGGAGCUGGAUCUCUCUGACCUGCGCUAUCUAUCAGAUCUCACCUUCAACCGACUCACAGGCUGCACUCUCAGACUUCGCCGUCUCUCCCUGGCCGGCUGCCACAUCGCCUUUGAGUUUGACCCGUACCGUGGCUGCCCCGUGGGGCCUGACUCCUCUGCCCUGCUCUCCCUACGUAACCUCCGCAGGCUGCUGCAGGAGCAGGCCUCCACUGUGCGGGGGCUGGACCUGAGCAGAACUAGCAUCACCCCAGAGUCGCUGCGCUCCGUGGCCCAGGUAGGGGGCCUGUCUCUAGAGGAGCUGCGUCUGCGGGGCUGCAAGGAGCUGACAGACUACUCCGUGGAGGUGCUCUGCAAGCACCAGCCUGGCCUCCGGAUCCUGGACCUCAGCGCCUGUACAGAGCUCACCAGCCGGGCUGUACUGGCUGUGGCCCUGAGCCUGAAGGGCCUCCGGUUCCUCUCUCUGUCCCGGGACUGGAGGAUGACGGAUAAAGGGCUGGCCGACCUGAUGAUGCUGCCGGAGCUAAGGAACCUGGAUCUGUCUGAGUGCCUGCAUGUCAGUGGGGCUGAGAUAGUGAAAGGGCUCUCUGCCCUGGAGCCCAGGGCACGGUUGGAGACACUCAGCUUCAAGAGCUGCACCUAUAUCAGGGAUCUGGCUGUGUUCUCUCUGGCUCGGCUGCUGGGCUCCAGUUUGCGGGAGCUGGACCUCACCUCCUGCGUCUACCUCACAGACCUGAGCGUGCGUGCUAUCGCCACCUACCUGCCCGGGCUGGUGGUGCUGCGACUGGGCUGGUGCAAGGAGAUCACAGACUGGGGGCUGCUGGGCAUGGUGGAGCUCACCAAGGAGUGUGAUCCCAGCAAGGAAAUGGAGGACAAGGGGCCCAGCUUCACCCGUACUUUUGGAAAUAUGGGUUUCUUCCGGCCUCCCAGCAUGCCCUUCCAGGAGAAGCCCCGGCUGGUGACGGACGAGGACCUGGGGGUGUUCAAGGAACAGGACGGGUCCUCACUGCUGGCCCUCAGGAGCCUCCAGGAGCUUGACCUGUCUGCCUGCUCCAAACUCACUGACAGCAGCAUCACACAGGUGCUGCGUUAUCCAGACCUCCAGCGCCUCUCUCUCUCCAUGCUGCCUGAGAUCAGUGAUGACAGCCUGGCGUCGGUGGCCUACCACUGCCGCAGCCUCACCAGCCUGGCACUCAGCCACUGCCCCCAGAUCAGUGACCAGGGUAUCGCCCGCGCCGCCCCCUACCUCGCCAGGCUGCAGCACCUCUAUCUGUCCUGCUGCGACGCAGUCACAGAUAGGUCUCUCUCCAUGCUCGUCCAACACUGUAAGAGAUUGCGGACGCUGGACAUCUCCAUGUGUAAAGACAUCUCCAUAACAACAGUGGACCUCCUCCAAUCCCAGCUGCCCUUCCUAGAGAAUGUCCACUGCCGCUUUGUGGGCGGAGCUGACCUGACCCUCACACUCUGAUAGGGUUCUGACUAGGUAGAAUACAACUACGACUAGAAGGUACUUUUUCGUACCAGGUUAGGAGAAUGAUGUUAAGGUUAGCUAAAAUGUUCUCCUAACCUGCUACGAAAAGUAACUUCUGGUCGGAGCUGUACUCAAUUUAGUCACAACCGUCUGAUGGGUUGAAUGUCCCCAACAACAAAAAAUGAUCCAGAAACGUUCUGCUUGAAUCGCAAUUCAGUACCUGCUCUUAUUAUCCAGAGUUUAUUUGUAUUAGAUUCAGUAAUUCUCUUAGUUUUAACCCCUGUAAACCCUAAUAUGGGGUGUAUGUAUAAGGACCCAUAUGGCCAGUGUCUUAGACUCAAAUUAGGUAUUUUUAAUUAAUUAAAAAUCAUUCUCAUUGGAGAAUCUGCAUCUGCAAAUUUCCAUCCUGUGUGGACUAAAAGUCAGUCUAGUCUAGGACCAUUAUUAAUCGGAGUCUGAGAAACCGGCCCUUAAAGUCCUCCUUCGGUGUAUGCCAGGGGUGGGCAACUUUCGGCAUGCAGGCCCACCAAAAAAAUAAGAACUGUCAGGUGUACUGUUGAACACAGGAGGUUGGUUAGUGGUACCUUAAUUGGGGAGGACGGGCUCGUGCUAAUGGAAUGGUAUCAAACACAUGGUUUCCAGGCGUUUGAUGCCAUUCCAUUUGCACCGUUCCAGCCAUUAUUAUGAGCCGUUCUCACCUCGGCAGCAUCCACUGCUGUUGAGAGUUAGAAUAAUAGAAUACACAAGGUGCAAUUUCAAAAUGUGGUUGUGCAUCAGUCACUCAAUUAGUUCAUGUCAGCAUUUUUAACAUUUUAUUGGUUAGUCUAUGGAUGUGGGUACGCAGACCCACGAGCCACUGUGGACACUCAUUCUGUUCUUUUUUGUGGCCCCCCCCACCCCCAUCGCUGGUGUAAACUGUGCGAUAUAAGGUCACUGUUAAUCUCGAGGUUUGUUUGAUUAGAAUGUGUCUGAUUUAUGGAGCUGAGGGACCAAAUCGGUAGAUGCUGCACAAACCUUUAACUGGCCUAGAAGAUAUGCUCGGCUUUAACAAGCACCUUGUAGUUGAUCUCAGAACCAGAUCUUGCAUGUUCAUUCUUAAAUGGCCACACUGUAGAGAAAUAUUGAUAUCUAUUCAUAUUUUGUUUAGCUGGCUUAAUAUGUAAUUUUUUAUUCAACACUGCCACUGAAGGAAGCAAAACUGUUAAUGUUUCUUUGAAAAUGUAAUAUGUAUCAAAUAUAAGAUAUAGUUUCAAUAAAUGUAUGCUUCUCUCUUGCUUAGAA